AUCUCUGGUGGUUUGUGAUGUUGCUGAAGAUCUGGUGGAGAAACUGAGAAAAUUCCGGUUUCGGAAAGAAACCAACAAUGCUGCCAUUAUAAUGAAAAUCGACAAGGAUAAGCAGUUGGUGGUACUGGAUGAGGAGCAUGAGGGUAUUUCUCCUGAUGAGCUAAAAGAUGAGCUGCCCGAGAGACAACCUCGAUUUAUUGUGUAUAGUUACAAGUAUCAGCAUGAUGAUGGAAGAGUUUCUUAUCCAUUGUGCUUUAUCUUCUCCAGUCCAGUUGGAUGUAAGCCUGAACAGCAGAUGAUGUAUGCUGGAAGCAAGAAUAAGCUUGUACAGACAGCUGAACUCACUAAGGUAUUUGAAAUAAGAAAUACAGAAGACCUAACUGAAGAAUGGCUGCGUGAGAAACUGGGCUUCUUCCAUUAAGAAAACCUCUGUAAUAAGUAUUUAUGUACCAUCCUGAUAAUACUGGAACCAGACAUGAAUACUUACAUCUAAAAAAAUGCACUGUAUUUACAUCUGUCUCCUGCAGUAUAUCUCUUGUGCAAAGUUUGUGCAAAGAAUAGCAGGUCUGUCUCCUUGAAGUAACAAAUCUUUGCAGGUGUUUCCUUAUUUGUACCUGUUAAAAGGGAAUACUCCACUGCAGGGACUCCUUUUGCACUCUUGUGACUAAUAUUUCUAUAACUAAAAUAGUUCAGUUCUGGAUUUAUAGCUAUCUACAAACAUAAUUUGGAAGCUGAUGCUAACUUUUUCUGAGCUACAAACGCAUCCUUAUGACAUAUACUAGCCAUUUAUAUGCAGAAAUUGUACUGUCACUUACUUUUCAGACUUUUGACUUAAUAAUGUCUUCUCAAUUUUGAAAACUACUCCCUGGAAGCAUUUAGUAUUAAAAAGACAAAAUCCUUGUACAGCAAAUCCAUUCAUUUAUCUUUCCAUCAAGUCCAUGUGAACUUUUUCAAAUUCUCAGAACUAAUUUUUGUAAUUCCAGUAAUUCCUCAGAUGACUGAGUCAAUCUUACUAAAUUUCAGGGCAAAGCUUUGACUGUCCAGUUCUCAUGCUAAUGUAGUCUUACAGGAACUAGAUGAUAACUAAGGGCUGAAUUACAACUCUGGUUACUCUCGUACCAGAUGUCUUGCAUAUAUAACUUAUUACACUGUUAAGAAGUUUACCUCUUUGCUCAUUUCCUGUUAUAUGAACACCUGUUAAUACUGUGUGCCUUUAAUUUGUUAGCUUUAAAAUUACUUGAGAAUUUUACACUGCCACUUAUUACAAAUUUGGUAAAAACUUUGUUAAAGAAUCCAAGUAACAUUUUUUCCUAGUGCCUAGUGUUGCAGUUGACAUCUAUUAAAAACACCGACAAAGCUAACCUCAUUUUCUUUGAAAUUCCAGUCAUCUACUCCAUUUGUAGGAGUUGGGAGGUUAAAGCUUUUCAUGAUAAUGAAUGAUUUAUAUCUCUUUUGUUAUAAAAGUUGGCCACACAUAGCUUUUGAGUACUUUAGUCUCUUUCUUAACUGCUUGUUGGUCAAAAUUACAUUCCAGAUAAAGCUUUUGCAUAAGUGAUAAUUUGAUUUUUCAUUUUACUUACGGUUCAUCUCUUUGAAACAGCAAAUAUUCUAAUGUGAAAAAUAGUAUUUAACUUUUAUAAAUGACCAGUCUUUUUACAGGUCUGUUUUAUAUUGAAUAGAGUAGUUGUCUGAUAUGGGACAUGUUCAGCCCAUGCAGUGGCAAAAGGAGUACUCAUGUGACGAUAUCUCACUAUCUUCCUCAUGAGUGUUUGUUGUGCUACUGAAUAAGUAUCUGCGUAAGAGCAGCUUCCUGUUGAUAACAUACCUUAAAAUACAGCUGCCCUAACAAAUCUGUUUGGUGAGAAGGAAUGCAGUGUUAAAUUUGGAGGCCAGUAUUUCAUGCUGUGAAACCUUUGUUGAGAGGAGGUUUAUUUUUCAUUUGUAAACGUACGCUGUGUUAGUGUUAAAACACUAAUUCCUCUAAGAUCACAAGGAAUUCAUUUGCAAAGGUCCUCAGUGUUGGUAAAUCUCUCUUUAGUUCGAUGGUGCCGCUCAUUUAUUUGUAUACAAAUCUGUCUUGAGAGGAGCUUUUCAAAAUACAUGUUGGAAUGAUACAAUUAAAUUGAUCUUUCAGUGCGGGAAAGAAAUGCUCGUAAAAUUAAAUUUCUGUGUUAACGUAGUGAACUGGAAAAAACAAUUUCAUUUCCCUGGACAAAAAAAAUGUGGAUUAUGAAACUGUUGCUUGAUUGUUCUGUACUACAGAUCAAUAAAAACAAUGUCUUUUGUGA